AUGCUGCGUUGUGUAGGGAUUUCGCGAUUAUGGAGACCAUCGCGAAUACUCACAAGUGUCACGGCGAAAUCGUCUCCAAAUGAAAGUUCCUCUACAUCCACAUUAGCACAGUCAACAGUAACAACAAAUGUAUCUUCUUCAGUAUCAUCAUCACCAUCAUUAACAUCAACAUCCUCAUCCGAUAUCUUAAAGUAUCCUUAUGAGGUGGUAGAUACACCAGAGAAACUUGAUAAGGCGGUGGAUUCACUAUUAAAAGCCUCUACUAUUGCACUUGACAUUGAGGCUUUCUGUACAACAGAGCAAGCCAAACAACUUGGGCGUAUUUCACUUGUUCAGGCAUGUUCAGAUGCUAAACCGGUGGUAUUUCUCUUUGACGUACUCACUUUAACAGCCCCAGCCUUUGUUAAGAGUGUAAAACCAUUAUUGGAUGACAAGAAAAUACGAAAAUUACUUUUUGAUUGUAGACGUGAUGUAGAAGCUCUUAGUUGUCAAUUAGGAUUAAAACCAGAAGGUUUAUUGGAUCUACAACUUUUUUUUACUGCUAUGCAAUGGAAACUUCGUAGUGUCAAUCGUCGUUCUGGAAUGACUUAUGUUCUUAAGAAUGUUGCCGGACUUACACGGCAGGAAGGCGAUUCCGCCGUUCAGGCCGCAAUGACAUUAGGAAAUCGUCCUGUUUGGGAUGUUCGUCCUUUACCAGAUCACUUUCUAGAGUACGCAGCGGAUGAUGUACGGCAUAUUUUACUUCUUUCUAAUUAUCUGGUGGGAAAUCAUAAUAAUAAAGUUCCUAUUGAUGCCGUAUCUGUAGAAAGACUCACAGCGCAGUAUGUGCAGCAUUACGCUAUUGGUAAACCCGUUACAGAAGAGGCAGAUGCCACUCCAGCGGAAGUUAAUAUUACUUGGUUAGAACGGUAUAUUGGACCAGGUGGGGUUUGUCAUUUCUGUGGGGCUAAAGGCCAUACAGAGGCGGAAUGCUUUAAGAAACAAAAUGGAAAAAUGAAGUGUAGUUUCUGUGGAGAGAAUGGACAUACCGCACGAAAUUGUUUUAAGAAACAUCCGCAGCUUCUUAAGUGUGAAAAGUGUGGACAACUUGGACACACCGGUGCAAGUUGUUUUCGAACAAAUCCUUGUAAACAUUGUGGGGGUGCACAUAGUAGUGCAAAUUGUCACAAGGCACUUCGUCAGCAAAAGUUUUUCGGUGAUCCUCCGCCCUCAUAA